AUGGCCGAAAUGGAAAUUGAAGACCUUAAAAAGCAACUCAAGGAAGCUAGGGCGCGAGAGGAGAACGAGCGACGCAAAAACCAGAGGACGACGUUAGCGGAGUACUUGUACAACUGUCACUUCGACCUGUACCAAAAACUCAGGCUCGCUGGUCCAUCGGAGAGCUCUACUGGCUUGGCGACAUCGGUCUACGGUAAAUAUUAUCCCAGGUGGUUUCGCCCUUGGCAUGCCUUUACCGACAGCCAGCGACAGGAACACUUCGACGAUGUCAUCCGCAUCUGCGGCGAGAGGCGUCUUUUUCAACAAGCGAGCACAACAAGAGAUAACGGACUCAAUUUCGAGCGGAAAAAAGCCGGUUACGAGAAUGCUAUCGACCAUUUCGAAAAAACAGCAGUCGAAGACCCUACGUGGAUGAUUCUGGAGCCCGACCUCAACGAAGAUAUUGGAGCUGAAACAAAAACGGGGAGGGGAAAGCAACAACCUGACGGAGGUGGCAUUCGAACAAGCAUAGACGAAAACGAGAGCCCAGCUUUCAUGUAUGAUUACAAGGCUGCGCACAAGUUUGCCGUGGAGGAUCUCGAGGCCGCUCUUGAAAAGGAGACGCUGUUCAUGGAUGUCUACGAGUGGGCGCAGACCGACCAGUACGAAACAGACUCGACGCUUCGAACGAAAGAGCGAGAAGCAGCGCGGAUUGCCAUGGCCCUGAUACAAGUCUUCAAUUAUAUGUUGUGGUAUGGGGUCGGGUAUGGCUAUGUCGCCGCUGGAAAAUCUUUGGUGCUUCUUUAUUACGACCGAGCCGAGCCACUUGUUUUGCGCUGGCACCUUUGCGUGCCAGACAAAAUGGUGAUUCGUCCAACAGCUGAGCUUCAUGUCGAACAAGUGUCUCAGACUGCGGUUGCUCAGCUUGCCAGCUUUUGUCUGUUGAGCCUCCGCUCUCAGGCGCUUACGGGCCGUCCGCUCAAGGAGGCAAUGAAUCAGGCCGAGGGCAUUCUGAAAAAAAUGGAAAAUGGAAGCUUACACGGAACCGAUAAAUCCUUUGCUUGUGAUGAAUCUCCGGUGGCUCGAAAAUACCCUUUGCGAUCGAAGUCAUCGUGCAAGGAUUCUACGGCGCCUCUCGAGUCGCGCGAUGAGGACGAAGAAGGCGGAGCAGAGGGCUAUCAACGCCAGCGCGGAGCAGGAGCCAGCGUCAACAAGGGAGAGAAGGACUCCAGUAGGAAGAGCAAAUACAAAGGCACCGGAGGCUCUGCUCCGGCGCCCACGAAACAAUACUGCACACAAGCCUGCCUUCUUGGCCUCAAGCUGGGUCGUGAACUAGACAGCAGGUGCCCUAAUGUGAUCUAUCACGGUGUUGGCGGCAACACAUACCACCCGAUCGACGCUCAGAAGUUGACUAAACUCAUGAGCGAGCAGCUGCGUCAGGACCCGUACGGGAGCUGUGAUGCCCUCAUCGGCCGGCGCAAAUAUGGUUCCAGUGGAGUGCUGUUCAAGUUAGAACUGGCACGCUUCGGCUACACUUUUGUCGGCAAGGGCACCGUGUCCGCACGUCCGAGGCGCCUGGAGCACGAGUGCAGUAUCUAUCAGCGACUUGAAAAGCUUCAGGGCGACGUGGUGCCUGUGCACCUGGGCAUGGUCUCGCUCCGUCCUGGCUACCUCUUGCCUGGCGGUGCGUACGUGAUCCAUAUGAUGUUGAUGUCAUGGGCUGGGGUGGCGAUGAAUACAACGCUGUCAAAUCUGGAAUGGGAGGUGCAGAGAUCCAUACAAACGAUCUAUGAGCAUGGUGUGAACCACCAAGACGAACGUGAGCCCAACCUGCUCUGGAACGCUGAGCGAUGCCGCGUGAUGGUGAUCGAUUUCGAUCAGGCAACACUCCUACCACCACCUAAACACAAGCGAUUGUCUCAACUUUCUAAGGCGGGAAGGAAACGGAAGGGGGAUGAGUUUAACUAUAACAGCACGAAGCGGGGUGUGCCUGGUGUGCUGAGACGUUCUGUACAAUCUGUACAAUAG